UCUUUCCUAUAUGUAUACCUAUUAGUUUUCCGUAAUUACGAGACGUUGCAUAUCCAACAUUUCACUGUUUAUGUGUGUGUGUGUGUGUAUGUGCGUGUGCAUAUGUAUAUAUGUAUGUGUGUAUGUGUAUAUGUAUGUGUGUGUAUAUGUAUAUAUACAUGUGCAUAUAUGUGUGUAUGUAUUACAUGUAUGUGUAUAUGUGUAUGUAUAUAUAUACAUAUAUGUGUCGGCACAAAGUGUUUUUGUGCGCGCAGAUGUGUGUAUGUAUGUGUCUGUGUGUACGUAUGUAUGUGUGUGUAUAUAUAUAUAUAUAUAUAUAUAUAUAUAUAUAUAUAUAUAUAUAUAUAUAUAUAUAUAUAUAUAUAU